AUGAGCCUGUCAUUUUAUCAAGAGGCCACUCGAUUCGGCGAGAGGGAAGAGGGAGACUCAGAUACUUUCUCAGAUAUGGACGACAGCGAUGAAGAUACGGAUAUGUACGCAGAAGAAAAGGCAGGUGUGAUCCUGAAGAAAUUUGCGCUGGCACAUCGAAGAUCGGAGGGAGAUGAAGGUAAGGAUGAGAACGACGAGUACAACGAAAAUGACGUUCAGACGGUCGAUGAUAUCGCUGGACAAGGUCCAGUUGUAUCGAACCAGUUUGCACCGAACCUUGCCGAGUUUUUCAGCCAUCCAUCGCAGACAUUUCCAACGCUUGUGGCAGGGCGAGCAGCAUUGCGUGAAAAAGCGCAUUCGGAAGGGUUUACAAUCAAGACGUUGCGUGAAAACAAUGCAGACAAGCAGGAAGGAGAGUGCAGUCAGCGGACCGGGAAGGAGUACCAUAAAAAGCUUUACAUUCUAUGCAUAUGCGCGGGAAAGAAACCCCGUGAUGCCGCGGUAAAGUUGAAACGAGGAGCGCGCAGGCGUCGGACGGGAUGCCAAUGGACAGCCGAAGUCAAGAAAGUUGAUGGAAGCUAUAGGGUCAACACCUCGGGUGAGCAUAACCAUGCUGCGACGAGUGAUAUACGCAUUUUCCCGGCUGCUCGCAGAGCCACCCCUGAGCAGGAGAUCUUUGUUUCGAAUCUGAUCAAAGCGCGUGCGUAUACUCAUACGAUUUUGGACAAUCUGCACGAUACAUUUGGCGAUUCGUGUCUGCUGAUCGCGAAAGACAUUCAAAACCGAAAGCACAAGUACCGAGAACAGCAAAAAGCUCGAUUAGCAGAAGUGAACGGUCCGACGGCCGUAGAUAUCGUUGGACAAGGUCCAGUUGUAUCGAGCCAAUUUGCACCGAAUCUUGCCGAGUUUUUCAGCCAUCCGUCACAAACAUUUCCAACGCUUGUGGCGGGGCGAGCAGCAUUGCGUGAAAAAGCGCAUUCGGAAGGGUUUACAAUCAAGACGUUGCGUGAAAACAAUGCAGACAAGCAGGAAGGAGAGUGUAGUCAGCGGACCGGGAAGGAGUACCAUAAAAAGCUUUAUAUUCUAUGCAUAUGCGCGGGAAAGAAACCCCGUGAUGCCGCGGUAAAGUUGAAACGGGGAGCGCGCAGUCGUCGGACGGGAUGCCAAUGGACAGCCGAAGUCAAGAAAGUGGAUGGAAGCUACAGGGUCAACACCUCGGGUGAGCAUAACCAUGCUGCGACGAGUGAUAUACGCAUUUUCCCGGCUGCUCGCAGAGCCACCCCUGAGCAGGAGAUCUUUGUUUCGAAUCUGAUCAAAGCGCGUGCGUAUACUCAUACGAUUCUGGACAAUCUGCACGAUACAUUUGGCGAUUCGUGUCUGCUGAUCGCGAAAGACAUUCAAAACCGAAAGCACAAGUACCGAGAACAGCAAAAAGCUCGAUUAGCAGAAAUGAACGCUUUAAUGAGGGAGGUGAGUUCGGAUACCUGA